AUGCACGAAAUCGGUCACGCUUUAGGCUUGGCGCACAGCUUCCGCGAAGAUUCGGUGAUGUACGCGUACGUGCCUGUUAAUCAAUUCCCCGUUCAACUCAGUCUAGAGGACGUUCUUUUUAUUCAAGACCUGUACGAUGCUAAAAAAAACGCUAAAUUUCCAAAACUAGCAACGACGACGACACCAACGACUAUCACAACGACGACACCGACGACAACGACGACAACGACGACAACGACGACGACGGCGACUGCGAAAGACGUCGAGAUGGAUCUGUGCACCUUGCGAAACGUGGAUACCGUACUCAUAAUGAACGGUCGAUUGUAUAUCUCGCACGAACGAUACAUGUAG